GGGGCCGACGCCUGCUCGCGCGCCGCACGUAGGCGCCGCUUAAAGAGGCAACGCGGCGGGGCCGACGCGGCCGGGCGAGCUGCGGCUCGCGGGCCCCAGCGGGCGGAGCCAGCGCCCCUUUAAGAGACCGGCUGCCGGUGCCGGUGGUUUUAUUUACAUGGGGGCUCGCGGGCGUCACGUGACUGUCAGCGGCGGGGGCUGCGCGCGGAGCACCCGCGGGGCCAUGGCGGGAACCGGCGACGACGGCUCCUGGGUGGAGCUGCGCUGUGGCCCAGGCUGCCCGGAGCCCGAGGCGGCGCCUUCGCCGUUCUCCUGCCACGCCGACGUGGAGCGGAUGCUGCUGGAGGCCCAGCUGGAGACAGAGAGCAGUGACGGGGCCCUGCUGGUGCUGGGCUCCCCAGCCUGGGACGACGACGGAGCCAGCCAUGGCAGCGAGCAGCCAGGGGACAGUGAGGUGCUGCCCACCCACAGCCAGCCCCAGCCGGGCUGCCCUCACCCCCGGCAGGUGAGGGAGCUGCCCCUGGCACACCCUGCAGUGCCCAGGCCCUGCUCUGAGCUGCCCUGUGUCUCCUUGCAGCGGGAUGUGCCUCAGGAAGCCAAGUGGAGGCAGCGACGCCUGAGAGCGUCCCUGGGCUGGGCCUGUACCCACUGCCCUCGGUACCUGUCCCCAGAGGAAUUUGCCUUUGUGUGCUCCCCCCAGCCGGUGCUGUGGAGCCUGCAGGGAGGUGCAGUGGGGAGGAAGAAGAGACUUUUCAGUUCAGAGCUGCUGCUGCUCUUCAUCCCCUCGCUCCUGCUCAGCCACCUGCUGACCCUGGGGCUGGGGAUCUACAUUGGGAAGCGCCUGGCAGCCUCCUCAGCCAGCCCUCUGUGAGGAGCUGGGCAGGCAGCACCUUCUGCUCCGCUGGGAAUGCAGGGAGAGCCCAGCCCUGUCCCUCAGCCCUGCCUGGGCAGCUGACCUCACAUCCCUGUAGAACAGAACCCCCUGAUGGCAGCUCCCAGCUGCAGGCAGCCCCUGCCCUCCCCAGCCCCUGGUUACGGGUCCAGCUCCCCCUGUAACUGACUGUAAAUAAAACUGAGCCCACCUGAAUAAAGAGCCCUGUGCCAGCUCAGGGCUGGA